CUGAGUGUGAAGGAGACAGGGAGGGACCAUCUCUGAGUCACCAUCCCUGGAUGUGUUUAGAAGUCAUCUAGAUGUGGUGCUUGGGGACAUGGCUGAGUGCUAGACUUGGUGGAGCAGGGUUAAUGGUUGAGCUUGGUGAUCUUGAAGGUCUUUUCCAGCCUAAGUGAUUCUGUGACUUUGGGGGCAGCAAUUUGGAGGGGGCUGGGAGGACAGAGACACACCAGUGACUUUAACAACAGGGUCUUGUUCCUGCUUGGGAAAUUGGGGAAGGCAGAGGAUGGGACGUGGUGUAAAUGGGGCAGGCUGGGGGGGAACAGUCUGCCUUUCUUCUGUCCCAGAGCUGGGGUGGCAGAGCUGUGGGUUUAGAGUCCUGGUGAUGGGCACUGCUGGGGGCUGGAGGGAUGAGAAGCAAAAAGGUCAGCAUGACCCUUCAGUGCUGCCUCAGCUGAGAAGUCACUCGAGGAGAAGAUUACUUCACUUUUCAGCUCUCGCUGUGGACAUGGUGACUGAGCAGUGGCUUCCAGUGACAGGCAGACAGAGACAGCUGCUCCUGAGAGGUUAGCAGGAACAGCCUGGUGGGGUCCAUCUCGGAUAGACACGGAUGAUGCCAGAGCUAUGACAGGGAUUGCAGUCUUGGCACUGAGGGGUGAUCAAUUAUGGAACAACUACAGGAGGAAGUACCUGAGGUCAAGGAAGAGGAAGAGGAAGAGGCAGUGAGGGUGGCAAGUGGAGCCUCGGACCCAGGUGGAGGACCAGACAGCUUGCUGCCUUCAAGCAGCUACACUGACAUUUCACAGAGCUCCUCUCCCUCCCUGUCGGACCAGCUGCAGAUAGGCUGCGAGGAGGCGGCCUCGGGAGCGCUGAGCGUGGAGUGCAGGGUCUGCGGAGACAAAGCCUCGGGGUUCCACUACGGCGUGCACGCCUGCGAGGGCUGCAAGGGUUUCUUCCGCCGGACGAUCCGCAUGAAGCUGGAGUACGAGAAGUGUGAGCGGAGCUGCAAGAUUCAGAAGAAGAACAGGAACAAGUGCCAGUACUGCCGCUUCCAGAAGUGCCUCUCCCUGGGCAUGUCACAUAACGCAAUCCGCUUUGGCCGCAUGCCCGAGGCAGAGAAGAGGAAGCUGGUGGCGGGGCUGACGGCGAGUGAGAUCAGCUGCCAGAACCCCCAGGUGGCUGACCUGAAAGCUUUCUCCAAGCACAUCUACAACGCCUACCUGAAAAACUUCAACAUGACCAAAAAGAAGGCGAGAGGUAUCUUGACCGGGAAGGCCAGCAGCACCCCACAGCCUUUUGUGAUCCACGACAUGGACACCUUGUGGCAGGCAGAAAAGGGGCUGGUGUGGAAGCAGCUGGUGAACGGCAUCCCCCCCUACAAGGAGAUCGGGGUGCACGUCUUCUACCGCUGCCAGUGCACCACGGUGGAGACCGUGAGGGAGCUGACAGAGUUUGCCAAGAGCAUCCCCAGCUUCGUCGGCCUCUACCUGAACGACCAAGUGACUCUGCUGAAGUACGGGGUGCACGAGGCCAUCUUUGCCAUGCUGGCCUCCAUCAUGAACAAGGAUGGGCUGUUGGUGGCCAACGGGAACGGCUUCGUGACGCGCGAGUUCCUGCGCAGCCUGCGCAAGCCCUUCAACGAGAUCAUGGAGCCCAAGUUCGAGUUUGCUGUGAAGUUCAAUGCGCUGGAGCUGGAUGACAGUGACUUGUCCCUCUUUGUGGCUGCCAUUAUCCUGUGUGGAGACCGUCCCGGCCUGAUGAACGUGAAGCAGGUGGAGGAGAUCCAGGACAACAUCCUGCGAGCGCUGGAGUUUCACCUGCAGUCCAACCACCCGGAUGCCCAGUACCUCUUCCCCAAGCUGCUGCAGAAGAUGGCUGACCUGAGGCAGCUGGUGACAGAGCACGCCCAGCUGGUGCAGAAGAUCAAGAAGACUGAGACAGAGACAUCUCUGCACCCGCUUCUGCAGGAGAUCUACAAGGACAUGUACUAAGGACCUGUUAUUUAUGAGAAUGAAGCCAUGGAUUCCCAUCAAGACUCUUUGUACAGAAACAAAGACAACCUUUCCCCACGUCUUCCAUUUCUUCUACUGGAAACUCUUUUCUACAUGACCCCCACGUAAGGUACCACAGGGUGAGAGGCUGGGAGGUUGUGCAGGCACCGCUGGGCUUCCCUUAACACACACUAACACACCUCCCAAGGCAAAUCAUAAGCUACUGUUUCCGUUACUACAGCCCAGCCCUUCAGCUGCUCCCCCCAGGGGCCUCUGGGGCAACCAGCUGGUUUACAUGGCCCGGGCAGUGGGAAAUCCUGUAACAGUUUGGGAAUGGUGUGGGAUGCUGAGCUCGCGGGGAGACCCCGUGGGACCAGCCCCCACACUUGCAGUGUGUCUUUAUUUUCUUUCUUAUAUUGCACUCCGAAGGUGGAGUCCUGAGCCGUGGGGCCCAGGGCAGUGUUAAAAGUCUUUUUCUCUUUCCCAAAGAAAAAGGCAGAGUGUUUGAAGACGGGCAGGGCUGUCCCAGCUGAGACCCUCUGCUGCCCCCUCCCAAUCACUGUGCAGCUUAUUCCUGUCUCCCUGAGGGAAUCGUGGGAUCUCUGCCUUCCCCUGCGUGCUGUGUGGAAGCCCUGGCACCCCCGUUUCAGAGGGAGCCUGCCCCUCAGCACUGCAGUGUGAGAGAGGGAGGGAUGGGGAGGUGGGAGGGAAAGGCUUUGGCUCAUAAAAAUUCACCCUCAGAGCAGAGGCCAGAUCCUGUUGGCCUCCCCAGGCAGUUCUGUACAGGUGUGAGCUACGAGAAGGUCCGUGCAGGGCCAGAGGCGAGGUGGGGUGUAGGUGGCCAGGCUUGGGGCUUGUCCUGCAGUUCCCUUCCAAGCCCCGGGGGGCUCUGGGGGCUUUGCAGGGCAGUGUGUGGCAGCAGAGUCUCCUCAGCAGCACCCACUGAGCACGGGAGCAAGCAAAGAGGAAAGCAAAGUCACAGGGAGCUCACAGAGCUCAUCAUGCUGACAGGGCACUGGUCUGUCUGUCGACUGCCCUGCCUCAGUUUCCCCUCUAUGAAAGGGAGCUGGAUUGUCAAGCUGCUCUCUGCUUGGAGCAGGAAGAUGAGGAUUAAUCAGUGCAUUGGUUGCAAAGAGCUUUGCAGCUGUAAACCACAGUAUAAAUGCCAAGGAUUUAUAAAAGAGGAGCGAGGGGGUGGGUCAGGGGGGUGGCCCUGCCCUCCUCUACCACCACCCUGAGUGUGGGGAGAGCUCCAGGUUUUGGGUCUGCUGAAACCCAGAGCUGCUCUGGGACUUUCCUUCUCAACUUCCUGCAGAUGCAGUGAAACCCACGGUACUGCCCAGGACUGGGAUCUGGCCCCUGGGCAGGGGCUGCGUCACCCGGGUCCUGGGAGAGAGGACAGACCUGGGAAGGGCUCGUGCCCUUCUUGGGAUGAUGGUGGGAAGGGCUCAGUCCCCUCUUGGGAUGACAGUGUCUGACCUAAGAAGUGGCACUUGCCCACCUGCAGCUCGUGGUCCUGUGAGUCCUGAGCAGCAGCCUUAUUAAAACACUGCUAUUCCCAAGGAGGGGUUGUGGGAGCAAAUGAAGACGGUUUUAGUUUCCUUUCCUCCUCUUCAGGGUAGCAGGUUUCCCUGGUGCAAUAAUUCCUUUAAAACCCAAAGGGGAACAGCACUGGGCUUCCCCUCCGUGUCCCAGGCCUGGCUGGUCCCACAACCUGCCCCAGCUGCCACCCUCCUGUUCCUUGCCGUGCCUCAGUUUCCCCCUGCCCGCCCAGCCCCCUCCCUUCCCUACCUCGCAGGGCUGUUACCAGUUACCGUUUCUAAAGCACUUUUAAGCCCUUUGUGCGGGACAGAGCCCCGGGGGAUUUGUCCUUCCUGAAGCCCCCGGUGACCCCCCCGGGGCCAUGGCCGGUGUGUGGGGCUCGGUGUUCAUCACCCGGGGCAACUUUUUGCUCUUCCCUCCUCAACAGUGUAACAACCCUCAAACUGAAAUGUAUAUUUUUGCUAGAAGUACAAACCUCCAAGUGUUUUUAAUAAUAUAAAUAGUGUCCACAAACUGACUUGACUUUAAAUAAAACUGAACUAAAUAUUUAAGAA